AUGCGCGGCUCAACCAUCGUCCUGAACAAGGCCUGGAACAGCCCGGGAAAUGGAGCUCUCUUCUCCAAGAUAAUACAGCAGCGCCCAAUUGCCCCAGCCCGUGCCUCACAGCCCUCUUUCCGCCAGCAUACGACGUCUACCGCGCUCGCAACGGCCCCACCAUGUCCACCUCUCCAGCUCUCGCCGCGAAUCCAGCCUACUUUAGCUACCGUCAUCCCUAGACAGACGCUGCUUCCAGCACGGAGAACAUUCUCGAUAUCAAGAGCGUUAGCCGAAGAACAGCGGGCAUCGCCGCCGGAAAAGCGCAAGCCAAAGUCCUACCAGGACGAGAUAAAGGAAAAGGGCAUAAUCAACCUUGAAGAGCACGAUACCGAGGAAGAGCCAGGCUUCGCAAAAUCAGAAAAGGCAACUCAAGCGCUCCAAGUCAAUCUGAGCGCCAAGUUGAGCAAAGAUGGGGCAGGGCCGGGAAAGCCGGGGAGCAUGAGCGAGGUGUGGCGGUUGAUCAAGAUCGCGCGGCCGGAGCUAGGGACGCUGGGAUGGGCAUUUGUGUUCCUGCUCGUCUCCUCGAGCGUGUCGCUCUCCGUGCCCUUCUCGAUUGGGAAGAUUUUGGAUAUUGCGACGAAGGCUGAGGGAUCUACGGAUACGCUGUUUGGACUGGAUAUGUCGACCUUCUACCUGGUUUUGGGAGGAGUGCUUGCAACUGGAGCGGCGGCGAAUUUCGGUCGCAUCAUCAUUCUCAGGAUUGUGGGAGAGAGGAUUGUGGCGAGGCUGAGGUCGCAGCUGUACAGGAAGACUUUUGUGCAGGACGCGGAGUUCUUUGAUGCGAACCGCGUGGGAGACCUGAUCUCGAGACUGGGAUCGGACACCAUUAUCGUCGGCAAGAGUAUCACGCAGAAUCUAUCGGAUGGGCUUCGAUCGGUUGUCAGUGGAGCUGCUGGAUUCGCCAUGAUGGGAUGGGUGAGCUUGCAGCUGACGGGCAUUCUCGCUCUCGUGGGGCCUCCAGUUGCAGUGGCCGCAUUCAUAUCGGGACGAAUGCUCCGCAACAUCAGUCGCAAGAUCCAGAAAAACCUUGGAACCAUGACCAAAGUCGCGGAAGAGAGGUUAGGCAACGUCAGGACUAGUCAGGCAUUUGCAGGAGAACAACAAGAAGUUGGCCGAUACAACCGUCAGAUCAGGAGAGUAUUCAACCUGGGUAAGCGGGAGGCUUUGGUUGCCGCUACGUUCUAUGGAAGCACCGGACUAAUGGGUAACCUGACGGUCAUCGCGGUUCUCUACGUCGGCGGCAGUAUGGUCAAAUCAGGAGCUAUCACUAUCGGAGAGCUAUCAUCUUUCUUGAUGUACACAGCCUACGCUGGGUCCAGCAUGGUCGGUCUUUCUGGAUUCUGGGGAGAGAUGAUGAAGGGAGUUGGAGCAGCGAGUCGACUUUUCGAGCUCCAAGACCGCAACCCAACCAUAUCACCAACUGUCGGAGAGCCUGUCAAAUCUGCCCAAGGCCCGAUCGAAUUCAAGAACGUGUCCUUCAGCUACCCUACCCGGCCUGCUGUCACCAUUUUCAAGGAUCUCAACUUCACCAUCCAACCUGGUACGAACGUCGCCAUCGUUGCGCCUAGUGGAGCCGGAAAGUCUACAGUCGCCAGUCUGCUUCUCCGAUUCUACGUUCCCAACACUGGCCAAAUCUUGAUCGACGGGCGGGAUAUCACGAAGCUGAAUGCCAAGCAGCUACGGAGGAAGAUCGGUUUUGUGGGUCAGGAGCCUGUACUCUUUUCCGGGACCAUUGCAGAGAACAUCGCGUACGGUGUGCCGCAUGCUACACGCGCCGAGAUUGUUACUGCAGCCCGCAAAGCGAACUGCCAGUUCAUUGGCGACUUUCCCGACGGACUCGAAACUCACGUCGGUGCGCGCGGCACCCAGCUCUCAGGCGGCCAGAAACAGCGCAUUGCCAUCGCGCGAGCCCUCAUCAAACAACCCGACAUCCUCAUUCUCGACGAAGCAACUAGCGCUCUCGACGCCGAGUCUGAAACUCUCGUCAACCAAGCCCUGGGAGUGCUCCUCCGCGAGCAAAACACCACCAUCAGCAUCGCACAUCGUCUCUCCACGAUCAAGCGCUCCGACCGCGUCAUCGUGAUCUCGGCUGACGGCGACGUCGCCGAGGAGGGCACGUACCGCGAGCUGGCGAAUAACCCAGACGGGGCCUUCACGAAGCUUAUGGAAUGGCAGAUCAGUGGGGGGGAGGAAGAAGAUAGGGAAAUAAUGGUGAAGGGGCCGAAGGUAACUGAGGAGGAAGAAAUCGAGGCUGAUCUAGAGAAGCCCGACGAC